UAAAACAUUGGUUGACAGUCAGUGAAUUCUCAUGAAAGCGCUUGUUGGCUGUGUACAAGUAGCGGUAUCUUUUCCACACAAAAGCUUCUGCGGUUUAAGUUUAUGUUUUACAGGGCCGCGAGAGUCAUUUCAAAAGCACCUUUCCAAUCUCUGCGGCAGCUUUUUUGGUUACGAAAUUCCCGAAAACUGACGUCCAAAAUGUCCUUUCAGUAUCCCCAGGCUUACCGCGACGAGUCAGUUGUGGAUGACUAUCAUGGCUGCAAAGUGCCUGACCCUUACAGCUGGCUGGAGGACCCUGACAGUGAAAAGACACAGGCCUUUGUCAGUGCCCAGAACAAGCUCACUUUGCCAUUUUUAGAGCACUGUGAGGUGCGAGAGCUGUUCAAAGAGCGCAUGACUGAGCUGUAUGACUAUCCCAAGUAUAGCUGUCCCUUCAAGAGAGGAAGCAGGUACUUUCACUUUUACAACACGGGCCUCCAGAACCAGAGUGUGAUGUAUGUGCAAGAGAACCUAGAUGCCGAGCCCACAGUCUUCUUAGAUCCAAACACAUUUUCUGAGGAUGGGACAGUUGCUCUGCGAGGCUAUGCAUUCUCUGAGGAUGGAGAGUACUUGGCAUAUGGCACUAGUGCCAGUGGGUCUGACUGGGUGGAGAUCCGCUUUCUGCGCGUUGAGGGCGCCGUGCCUUUAGAGGACCGCCUGGAGCGAGUCAAGUUUAGCUGCAUGUCCUGGACCCACGAUGGGAAGGGGCUUUUUUACAACUCGUAUCCUGACCAGGAGGGCAAAAGUGAUGGCACUGAGACCUCCACUAACCUGCAUCAGAAGUUAUACUAUCAUGUUCUGGGGACUCCACAGUCUGAGGACGUCCUAUGUGCAGAGUUUCCUGAUCACCCCAAAUGGAUGAGUGGAGCAGAAGUAUCAGAAGAUGGGCGCUACGUGCUGCUGUCUAUCAGAGAAGGUUGUGAUCCUGUCAACAGACUGUGGUAUUGUGACCUCAAGACCACUCCUCAGGGUAUUACAGGACUUUUGCCAUGGGUAAAAUUAAUCGACAACUUUGACGCCGAGUACGAAUACGUGACGAACGAGGGCACAUUGUUCACCUUCAAGACCAACUUAGACGCCCCUCGUUACAGACUAAUCAACAUCGACUUUGCCUCUCCGGAGCAGAGCAGCUGGAAGGAGCUCCUGCCUCAACAUGAGAAGGAUGUCAUUGUGUUUGCCACCUGUACAUACUCCAGCUAUUUGUUCGUGUGCUUCCUCCAUGAUGUGAAGAAUGUGUUGAAAAUGUAUCGUCUGAGCUCAGGAGAGGAGCUGAGGACCUUCCCUCUUGAUGUUGGAUCCAUAGUAGGGUUCACAGGACGAAAGCGAGACUCUGAAAUCUUCUAUUAUUUCACUUCUUUCCUAUCGCCAGCCAUCAUUUACCACUGUGACCUAACCAAGGAGCCCCUGCAGCCCCAUAUCUUCAGAGAGGUCACUGUCAAAGGCUUCAACCCCUCCGACUACCAGACCACACAGAUCUUUUUUCCCUCAAAGGAUGGCACUCAGAUACCCAUGUUCAUUGUUCACAAGAAGGGCAUCAAAAUGGACGGCUCCCAUCCAGGUUUUUUAUAUGGCUACGGGGGCUUUAACAUCUCCAUCACGCCAAGCUACAGCGUGUCCAGACUCAUCUUUGUCAGACAUCUGGGAGGAGUUUUAGCUGUCGCCAACAUCAGAGGAGGAGGAGAAUAUGGGGAGACCUGGCACAAAGCUGGCAUGCUGGCAAAUAAACAGAACUGCUUCACAGACUUCCAGUGUGCAGCUGAAUAUCUAAUCAAGGAGGGAUACACUUCUCCCUCCAAACUGACUAUAAAUGGAGGCUCCAAUGGUGGCCUGCUUGUAGCGGCCUGUGUAAACGAGCGGCCUGAGCUGUUUGGAUGUGCAGUAGCUCAGGUGGGCGUCAUGGACAUGCUGAAGUUCCACAAGUUCACAAUCGGGCACGCCUGGACCACGGACUUUGGCUGUUCAGAAGACAAAGAGCAGUUUGAAUGGCUGAUCAAAUACUCCCCGCUUCAUAACAUCCGUGUACCAGAAGGCAAUGGGGUCCAGUACCCCGCUGUGCUUUUGCUGACAGGCGACCACGAUGACCGGGUAGUGCCUCUGCAUUCCCUCAAGUACAUCGCCACUCUGCAGCACAUUGUAGGUCGCAGCCCCAAGCAGACAAAUCCCCUUUUCAUCCUUGUGGACACAAAGUCAGGCCACGGUGCUGGAAAGCCCACAAGCAAAGUCAUUCAGGAGGUGGCUGACACUUACGCCUUCAUCGCUCGCUGUCUCAACAUCUCUUGGGUCAAAUAACCUGCAUCUACCUUUUAAAGUGUGUGGGGUUUCUUUUUUUCUUUUUUAAAUCUUUUGGUCAAACCAUAUUUAGAAUACCGUUAAUACCAGAAUACCGUUAAUACCAGAUGUUGACACAUUGUUUAUAGCACUGCUACCUUCC